CGAGCUCUGACUUGGAGCAGUGAAGAAGGCAAAAGUUACUCCUCUCGUUCGCCGUCGGUUCUCAUAUUAGUGUGUGGAAAAGUGGUGGAAAAUUUAAGCUCCCUUUCGGGUUUGGAAUUGGAAAAGUUAGGGCAGUUUGUGAGUUGUGACAAGUCACCGUUGGAUCAUUGUACUUAACGAAAAAAAAAGAUAGAGGAAGAAGAAACCCUCUGCUCCCCCAAGAGGCGCGGUGGUGGUGUUAGUGCGAUACAAUCGACCCGACGUGGAAAGCUUUCUUUUUUACCGAUAAAGUGCGUGUGUAUGUGGUAGCUCUGUGGGAAGGAAGUGAAAGGGAAAUCCCAACCCGGCAGAGGAGGGAAAAGAAAUCAAACACCACGACUACUACGACUACGAUCUGUGGUCGUUGUUGUCGUUGACGUCUGUUCAGCCACAGGACCCAGUCUGCUGUGGUUUGUUUUUCCAGGCUCUCUUUCCUUUGCGUGUUGUUUGCUCACAUAUGGUGCCGGUGUAUUGAAUUUCAGCUAGGUGAAGAAUAAGAAGAAACUAGGGAAAAACAUAAACAUAUUACAAGGCUAGGACGAGUUUUUUUUCUUUUCGGGUGGAACGAGUCGUCGUUGUCGUCGUCGCCGCAGCCACAGAGCGGAGCGGAUAGAAAGAAGUCUUGCUUUCGUUUACAGGACUCGCCCCGUGACUGGACACCGCACAGAAUGGAUCACCAUCAGCAGCAACAGCAAAAGGUGCACAUCGAGAAGGCCCAGAACUUUAUGCGCCAGUACCGGGAUCCGGAGUCGCGGGAACUGAAGAAACUGUCCGCCAAUCAGUUCAUGGACGUUUGGAGUCAUUACGAUGGCGAUGGAAAUGGAUACAUCGAAGGCACCGAGCUGGAUGGGUUCCUCAAAGAGUUCGUCUCCAGUGCGAACGCGACCGAUCUGGGGCCAGAGUCACUGACAGACGAAAUGCUGGUCGAGCUGAAAUCCUGCUUCAUGGAGGCAUACGACGAUAAUCAAGACGGAAAGAUCGACAUCCGGGAGCUCGCUCAGCUACUGCCGAUGGAGGAAAACUUCCUGCUGCUGUUCCGAUUCGAUAACCCGCUGGAGUCGAGUGUGGAAUUUAUGAAGAUCUGGAGGGAAUACGACUCGGACAACAGUGGCUACAUCGAGGCAGACGAACUAAAGAAUUUCCUCCGUGACCUUCUGAAGGAAGCCAAGAAAAUUAACGACGUGUCAGAGGAUAAACUAAUCGAGUACACCGACACAAUGCUCCGGGUAUUCGACGCCAACAAGGACGGUCGAUUGCAGCUCUCCGAAAUGGCCAAAUUGCUCCCCGUGAAGGAAAACUUCCUCUGCCGGCAAGUGUUUAAGGAAGGCAGAAUAGACGAAGAAGGAGCAGCCCGACUGACGAAGGAUGACAUCGAGAAGGUGUUUUCGCUAUACGAUAGGGACAAUAAUGGAUCCAUCGAAAAUGAAGAACUGCGAGGAUUCCUGAAAGACUUGCUUGAACUAGUGAAAAAGGAUUACGACGCGCAGGACCUGAUCGAGUUCGAGGAAACCAUCCUGCGAGGGGUGGGCUACGACAAGGAGGGUAAAAUCUCCCGCAAAGAGUUGACCAUGAUCCUGCUAGCCCUAGCCAAACAACCCCCAGAGGACGAACAGUAAUAUGGGGAAUGCACUUCUCUCGUUUCGCACCCGCCGCCACAAACGUCAUGGUUGUCGUCGUCGUCGUCGCUGCAACGGUCGUCAUCAUCGAGCCACCGUAGACUGUCCCGAGCUGGUUCCCUUACAUCGGCUCUGGCCGUGCACCCGAUUGCCAAGUUGCGAACGAUGCUUGGCCUAGGUCAUCAACAUCAACAGCAUGGCAAUGGCAGUAGUAAUGGUAACGGUCCUCAUCGGCUAUCACAGCAGCAGCAGCAACAACAACAAUCACUACCGGAAACGCCGGUGUCGUCGUCGUCACUCCCUAAUGUAGUGGAAUCACCAGUAGCAGAAACAGCAACCAGUAGUUCAGAACAUCACCAGCAACAGCAACAGAAACAACUUCUACCGGUAGUCGUCGUCCAUGAUCGGGUAAGGGACUUUUACCGUCGGAUCAUGCGGCGUGGUAGGAACCAGUAGAUUACACUUCAAUUACACCAGCACCAAGCACGAAUCCCAAAUUGAAGCCGAAAUUAGUUGGAAUCGAGCAACAGAAAACCAGAUUAAUGUAACGAAACUAAAUCAUCCACACACAAACUUACCAGAAGUGAAGCUGAACGAAUGGGGAUCCAUUGCAUCUGGAUGAGGGGGUUAAACAUUGGCGAAUCGAUCGAGAAGGAGAAGCAAAACAAACAAACAAACAAAAUAACGAAUUCAAGUGCGCCUACUUUGACGGCAGGCAAAGUGGGCGACGAGUUUUGAAUCAUGGCCAGCCAUGAUGCUGAACAAGUCUUUAGAAGAAGAAGAAGAAGAAAAAUCAAAGCACAAUUUAAUCCGUCUUAUGAAUAUCGUCUUUUAGAGGAUGGGCAGUGGCCACUCACCCGAAGGUGGGCAGCUGCCUUAUCCGGAUUGAGAUUUCAAGAUUUACGAAUUAAGAAGGAAGAAAACCGAAGAAGAGGAAAAGCUACUUCAAAUCCCAAUUCCGAUCAAUUUAUUCCUUAUAAGAAGAGUCCUUACCGUUCCAACCUCCGGAUGCUUCUGUAUAGCUACUUGUUCCCAAUCUAUCGCUAUCUGUAUCUCCAGUUGCUAAUAUGUUGCUCUGUCUGUCAUGGAAGGUUGCAAGCUCUCCUCUGGGUUAAUUUUAAGCGAGUAUUCAGUCAAUUUUAAUAACUUAUUGUGUGCCCGAGAAAUGAUUUUGGCAGACAUUUGGGAUUUUAUCAAUUUUCCCAGUGGAGCGCCCAACCUUCCCAUUUCUUCCGUUGAAACGUUUGGCUGAAAACUGUCUAGAUUGAAUUCGAGAUUGAUUGAACUGAAUAGCUGGUAGUGGACGUUGUUUUGUAAUCACCCCUUAGUGAAAUAAUUAAAAAAAAACUCAAUUACUUUAACACUCGAAAUCCAAACUUGGCAAUGAGUAUGUCCAGCUAUUUUUCAGUUUUUAGUUGUUUUCAAAGGUAGUGUGGAUUAGUAUUACAGUACAUUUUUAAAGGAGAACAACUGACCAAAACUCAAAUUAAAGAGUAAACCAUUCAUUUAUGCUUAUGUUGUCCAAACGGCAUUCGACCAAACGUCUUCAACACCUUCUGUAGAUAGUUCCCCUUAUGAAAUUAUUUACCAUAAAACUUUCAAUCUAUGUACUAAGAAAUAGGAUUCAUUGUUGAAGGCAAAUAAAACGCAAACAAAUUUCAAUUACAAUAAACACAUUCUCAGGCCCAUCAGCUAGCAAACACACAUAAAAAUGUAGAGUGAAAACGAAUCAUGCACCGAAAGCAGCUAGGAAAGAGAAAAUUACGAAAAUAAAAAAGUUAGAAGAACAACACAUAUGAUAAAUAAAAACAAGAAAAUUGAAAAAUUAACAAAUGUUAGAUUAGUAAAACAAAUCAAUAAAUUUACGAAACAACCAAGCAACAGAAUAUAUUUAUGUGGCCUAAGCUGGAAAAAGAUGAAAAAAUCCGUUGAGAAUUAAAAUACCAAUGUCCUAAAACAAAAGGUUACAAAGUGAACAAUGCGUUUCUGUUAGUUAAAUAGUUGAACAAAGGAAGAUCGAACGAACAAUAAAUAGGAAAUCUCGCUUAUCUAAACUGAUAAAUGGGAUGAGUUAAAGAAUACUUUCAUGAGAACCCCGUGCCAAACAACACAGAACACAGAAUGAAUCAAUUUUUAAACCCACAUAAGCGAACAAACAAAAGAAAAUCGAAAACAUUUGUUAUCCCAUAACCAACCCAAUUCUCUAUACCCAUCUUUCCUCUACCCGCAGAGAUUAUAAUAUAAUUGAUGUUAACUCGUGUCUAAGGCAAACAAGAAACCUCUCUCUCUACUUAUAACAAGAAAGCUGUUGAAACAUUCUCAAAUUCUAUAUCUUAUUGAAGAAGAAGAAAAAUCUGUAAUAACUGUUACUUGUUCUCAAAACCAACCAUUACAUAUUAUAACACACUACUAUUACUACUACUACUACUACUACUACUACUACUACUACUACUACUGUUGUACCAUUGUUACUAUCCGCUGUUUCUACUUUUUUCCUAAGAUGUACGGUUCAACGAAAGCAAAGCUUAGCUAGGAGUCGGACGGAGAUGAAGCAGAGAGUUUUUGUACCUUUCUUCCUUGUUGUAGAGCAGCUCCGACGGGAGACUCAAUUUCGCUCUUUAGCACUCUUUCAGCAUACUUGUUUACUUUACUAAUCUUUCCCAUCAUCGCAAUCUCCUUGAACUUUGAAGUUCCAAUCCAACAAAUUGUGAGUUAAAACUGAAUAGAAAAAGAAAAUUUUAAAGUAAUCAAAAAUCCGGCCAUUUAGAUGAUGAAUGCGAGACACAUUACAGGCAUGUUUGAUUUCUAACCUAACACACAACCGUUCCACACACACACACACACAUUAUCACUUCUACUCAAGGAUGCCAAUGCUCAUUUCGCAUGAAAGCAUGUUUUUCGAAAUCUGUCAAAUUGGCUUUGUAAGAGUCACAAUCAGCGAUUGAGUGAGCGGAAAUUGAUAAAAUCGCUGAUUGCGACUCUCAGGAAACGAAAUUGGCAAAUUACAAAAAAUCAUAUAAUCAUAUGAUUACGAAAAGCAUUUUUUUUAAACCUGAAACUAGUAUUUGCAAUCUUGCUUCUAUUUUGUAUUGUUCUUGAUGAAAAAGUUAGUACGAAAAGCAUGCAAGUGGAAGGCAAAGUUAAUUUGCAUUAAUAAAAUCAGAAAUGUUUUGUAUUCAUUGAACAGUCAAUGUAUCGCUUGAAAAAAAUUUAUGUCAAUCGACGUAUGUGAAAUAGAUUUAAUUUUGUUGAACGAUUUCCUAGGAAAUUUCGCAACAUAAUCAAAUGUAUGUCUCAUUAUUUACGUUCUCCAUUUCAAUGUUAAGUACACAGUGAAUCAUAUGUUAAUUAUUUACAGAAUGAAGAAGAUUGUUAACUCAAGCAGAAUGAUGAAAUAUAUAUUACGAGAUGCA